GGUCGAGCUGCAUGUGCAGGGGACGUUCAGGUGGAGGUCGUCGCGAGCGAGCGAGAGGUCCCCGAGAUCAUCCUUGUCCUACCUUGCUUGCUCUUACUCCCCACGAGUACUACCUGCUACUACAGGCAAUGAUCAGCUGGUUUACCUACAGUCCUGGAUCCUAGUACGAACAUACUCAAAGUGCACUCUACCUGUAGACCAGUCAAGUACAAAGUCCUAGACGCGAAGCCACACCAUGUCGGACAUCGACGAUGAAUUGCUCGACCUCGCUGGCGAGGGUACGGAUACCGGCCGAAAACGCAAGACUAGUGGGAAUGGCAGCAAGAAGUACAAGUCAGAGGAUAUCAUAGAUGACGAUGAGACUGAAGACGACCUCCCGCAAGGUGGACGGGCAGCUGAUGAGGAAGAGGACGACAUGGACAUCGAUCUGGAGUCUGAGGAUGGGUACGGCGAACGUGGACCUAUCCAUGAACCCUCUGCACCUACUACAGCGCAGACCAGCGCUCGAGUAUCUCCAGAGCGGAGCAGCGAGGAACGGGAGAGCAAGCCGGCCCCGGUCAAGAAGAGCAAGCCCAAAGAGAAGAAGGCUCCUGUACCCAAGGGGAGAGCUGUUAAGAGGAAGGCUCCGGCCAGCAAACCAUCGAAAGAGACCGCUACCGACCCUGAAGCCAGGAAUCCAUACCCCCUCGAAGGCAAAUUCAAGGAUGAGGACGAUCGAGAUUAUCUGCUCGGACUGCCAGAGAUCGAGAGAGAAGAGAUCAUCGCUUCCCGUCUGGAGGAGCACCAAAAGUUUGUGGACAGACAGCAACUCGCCGCCUUGUACAGCCGGACCAACCCGGGUGAAGCUCCAGCUCGAGACGAAGAUGAAGAAGAAGAUGCGGAGGGUGAAGAGGAUAUGGAGAUGGACAUGGAUAUCGAUCAAGAGAGCGAGGAAGAGUUGGGACGAGGAGCCACCCGCACAAAGACUACCUCUGAACCUAAAUCGCAAGCAUUGGACAAGCUCGCCGAACAGCGGAGAGCUCGAACGGACAAGGCGAAAAACGGCACAUCGGCACCAAAGACUCGAAAAAGGGAUGAUGACAGUGAUGCCGAGUCCUACAAGUCGGAAGGUUCAGAAUACGGCGCCCGUCCUGGCAAAAAGAGUCGUCGCGGUCGAUCCGUCGACAUGUACUCGGAUGAAGAGAGCGACUCUGACCGAGGUGAUAGGAACCGAAGGGACAAGCCAAAGAAGGACGAUCGGCCGGUCGAUCUCGAGACUAUCCAUCGAGUACAAUUGACGCGUGCAGACCUGGCGGAAUAUAAACAUAGGGCCUUUUUUGAGACAAUGAUUAAAGGAGCCUACGUGAGGUGCAUUUCUGGCCAAGAUGAGCGAAAACAGCCGAAGUACCGGCUCUUCCAGGUCGUUGGUCUGACCGGCGAAGAGCGUAAGUACGAGAUGGAAGAUCGAGGCAGGAACAUCAUGGAGAAUAGGCGUCUGCAAUUGAGAUACGGCAAGGUGACCCGGCCGUACAAAAUGGCAGAAGUGUCCAACUCCAAGCUUAGCGAGUCCGAAUUUCGUCGAUGGCAAGCGACCAUGGAUACCGACGAUGUGACGAUUCCUUUCCGCUCCGAUGUGCAAGAGAAGGCCGUCAAGCUGGGAGAAUUCAAGAAUCGGAACGUUACAGAUGAAGAGAUCCAGGCUCGUUUAUCGGCGAUGCAAAAAAUGGGAGCAGGACCGGCCAACAACAGGGAGGAAGAGAUCCUGAAGAGCGAGCUGAGUCUGGCUCAGCGACGACACGAUACCGAGGGGGCCAUAGCACUGCAAGCACAGCUUGUCGAUCUGCAAAGUGUGCGGCUGGCUCAAGAGCAAGGCAACGUCUCGAACGACACGACGGCUGCGAUGCUUGCAAAAGUCAACGAGAGGAGCAGAAGGAUCGUACAAGACGCGCAUAAACGGGCUUUCAAGAUCGAGACGGAGAGGAAACGGCUGGCACUGGGAGACUUCAAGUCGCGCCGGGCACUGGAUACGCCAUCGCCAAGGGGUAGUCCUGCACCCAACCAAGCGGGAACUUCGACUGCACCUGUUGAUUUGACAAACAAUGAGCAGGCAAAGGUCACAGAAACUAAGACCGGAGACGUGGCAGUCGAGUUGGAUUUGGGAGACUUCUGAGCGCGCAAGUGUAAACAAAGUCCGGGCGCUGUUAGGGCUAUGGAUCGCCAUGAACCACUCGAUACGAUUCCGAGUUGCCUCGCCCUAUGAAAUCGCUUGCGACGCGGCAGAUUGGCCUGUCGCAACCUAAGACCAUAGAGGGGUAUGCAGUCUUGAUGUAGUAAAAGAAGCACCCAGGUUGGGGCUUCAGGAAGGACCUUACACACUUCUUUGACCGUCAAACUCAUGAUGAAUGACAACAAUUGUUUUGG